UCUCUCUCUCUGUAUCCGUGCUAACUGUGUAGCGUGUGCGACUUCGAUUUCAAUCCUCUACUUCGCACUUACAAGUGGAACACAAAGUGUUGCUUGUAGAAUUUGAAUAGAUACAAGUACUAGGAGGUGUUCUUGUUGGGCGAUUUUUAGGAAGCUGAGGUGAUUGGAUAUUUGACAUCAAUUUACUAAUGGAGUGCAACAAGGACGAGGCUGUGAGGGCUAAGCAAUUGGCAGAAAGUAGAAUGCAAAAGGGUCAAUUUGCAGAGGCACUCAAGUUUGCUAACAAGGCCAAAAAGUUGUAUGCCGAUGUUGAUAAUAUUGCUCAGAUCUUUGCAAUUUGUGAGGUUCACAUUGCUGCAUUGAACAAACUCUCUUGUUCUGAAAUGGACUGGUAUCGAAUUCUUCAGACAGAAAGACUCUCUGAAGAAGCGAUCAUAAAGAAACAGUAUAGAAAGCUGGCACUGCUACUUCAUCCUGAUAAAAAUAAAUUUGCUGGUGCAGAAGCUGCUUUCAAGUUGAUCGGGGAAGCCAAUAGGGUGUUGAGUGACCAAGCAAAGCGGUCUUUACAUGACAUGAAGGUUAAAGCCCAUGCGAGAGCUGCAGUACCUAAGCCCUCGUCCUGUCACUCAAAUGGGAACGUGUUUGCUGCAAAUCAAGUUCCAAAUGCAACAAAAUCUCAGAAUAAAAGUUCUUCAAACUUCCCUUCUCGGAAUCCUCAUCUGAAUGCACAACUGACAUUCUGGACAAUGUGCCAACAUUGUAAUACCAGGUUCCAGUACUACUUUAAUUAUGUGAAUAUGACCUUACGAUGUCGAAAUUGUGAGAAAUCCUUUGUAGCUUAUGCUACCAGUCAACCGGCUGCUCCAUCAUUUGUACCAUUUGUUUCCUCAAAAAUGCCUCCAAUGCAGGCUCCACCAAAACCAGCCUCUAAAAGUAAUGGUGGAAAACCCCCUGGUGGUGGAUAUGCAGAUACUUUUAUGCGGUCAUAUCCUUCAUAUAUGAAAACAUGUGCCACUGGAGUUGGUAAGGAACAUAAAGAUGAAAAGAGUAAGGUUGGCUAUGUUCCUGUGUCCAAACCAAUGGAGUCACAAGCCUCAAAAAAUGUUGGAAGCAAGAGAGUGAGACAACCAGAUCCAGGUUCCAAACAGAGAUUCAACACUCGAAAUGUUGAUGAAAAUACAGAUGUCAAUGUUCAAGAAAAUCAUGCUGAUCCUUCAAGAUUGAAUGUUAGAAGGUCUUCCAGACAAAAGCAACAUGUUUCAUAUGUGGAAACGUAUGCAGAUGACAAUUUUGAUGUUCCUUCCAAAAAGCCACGACAAAACGAAUCAUUUAACAUUGAUGAAGUUGAGGAAAAGAAUGUGUCUGAAGACACAGUUUUGAGUAAUACAAGCGGAGAUAAGCAUUCUGACCUUCAAGAAGAUAAGGUAUCGGAGUCAGAUAUUGAUUCUAAAAUGUUAAAUGAGGAAAACUGCUCUCCACCGAAUUCAAAUAUCCCUUCCAGUCCAGAGAUCAUUACUUGUCCUGAUCCAGAUUUCAAUAAUUUUGAGAACGACAAGGCAGAUGAUUGUUUUGCUGCUAAUCAAUUAUGGGCAAUUUAUGAUAACACUGAUGCUAUGCCAAGGUUUUAUGCUCUUAUCAAGAAAGUGACAUUCCCUUUCAAGUUGCAUAUCACUUGGUUGGAAGCUGGCCCAGAUGAGGAUGAUGAGGAUGAUGAGGUUGCUUGGUAUAAUGCAGAUUUGCCUAUUGCUUGUGGUAAAUUCAAACUUGCAAAUUCUCAGAGAACUACAGAUCGAGGUAUGUUCUCACAUCAGAUGCAGUUUAUAAAAGGAAACAACAAAGAUUCUUACCUAGUGUUUCCCAAGAAGGGAGAAACUUGGGCAAUUUUCAGAAAUUGGGAUAUCAAAUGGAGUUAUAAUCCAGAAAAUUAUUUGAAGCGUGAAUUUGCUUAUGUGGAAAUCCUAUCAGAUUUUAUUGAAAAUGUUGGCAUUGAAGUAGCUUACCUAGGCAAAGUGAACGGGUUUGUUAGCCUCUUUGAGAAAACUGGGAAGAAUGGAGAGAAUACAUUUUGUAUUCUACCGAAUGAGCUAUACAGAUUCUCACAUCAAAUUCCUUCAUAUAAGAUGAGCGGCAACGAAAGGGAAGGUGUUCCAAGAGGUUGUUUUGAACUUGAUCCUGCUGCCCUGCCAACUGAGAUAUUUGAAGCUGAGAAAGAUUCAAGGGAAAAGGUAUGAAUAAUGGCAUGUUAGGCUAGUGAGGGGUAAGAACACCAGUAUUAAACAGUGGAGGAAAAACUGAAUUCCUCAAGUUUUUGAUUAAAUCCAUUCCUUAAAGGUGCUACUUUUUCUCAUGUAUAUCUUUUUCUUCCUACACACCUUGUGUAAUCUAGAAUUUAUCCUAGUCUUAAUGUUUUUUUACAACUAGCUCCUAAUCUUGUAUUGUGGUUUGCCCUUCCUUAAUUGUGUGUUUAUGUACUAUAAUUUCUCGAUUUGCUGUCGUAUGGAGGAUUGCCUCUAAGCCAAGUUAAUUUUCCCCGGCGUUUAAGGGAUAUCGACUACUA